AGGGUACAAUAAAACUAAUAAUAUUAUACAAUUUUCUUAUCAUCUCUUGCAUAUCUACAGUUUUUAACCUACUUGGAGGCACGAAUAAUGGACUAAGUCACACUUAUUUUUCAAUAUAAUCUAUAUUUUCCUCACUUUUUGUCCUAUUAGUAUUCUUAAAAAAACUGUUUCCUCCUAUAUUUAAAUAUUAAGAUCUACGUAUGAAAAUGUUAUUGUGACUUUCUACUUACAAGAUGCUCAUAGAGUUGACAACUUCAAGUGGCUAAAAUAUUUCAAACAUUUCCAAAUCCCAUGAAGCCCUCUAAUUAACAAACUCUAUUUUAAACACACAAAUGUCUCUUUCUAAGUCUUGACUCAAACCUUCUAUGCCAAAUGAAGUGAUCAACACAAACCCACCAAUCCUAUGCACAAACAGAAUGGUUCGGUACCUGCCUCUUUUGUAUAUAUCCAUGGCUUUAUAAAUUAUUCCCUAGGCACUUGACCAUAUUCCAAUGGUCCAUAUAUUACUAUUUCACUAUUCAAAAUUAAGAGAAAAAACUUUGACCCCAAAGAAAAAAAAGGAAAACCAAGAAAUGGUAGGCAUGGUGCUCAAAACGUUUGAUAGAGGUUGUGGAGUUUGACAAAAUUAUAAGCAAGGGCCAUGUGCAGCUGCAGUACCUUAAAUAUUCUAAAAGCUCGUAGAGAUCCGGCAUUAAUGGCCGAAGCCCUUUUAAUAUCACCAUAAAGUCUUACCUACCAAAAAAUUCAAAGGACGAGCCUCCGUCUCUGUGACUUUUGCAGAGCUAGCAAAAAUGGGCACCAAACACCGUACUUUUUCCAGAACUUUUUCCUCUAAGUUCCUUUCUUUUCGAUAUUCAACCAUUCUCACUUUGUUCAUACUCUUUACCGUCUUGUUCCUCUUACUUUCGCCGCUCAGACACAUACGGGAACAAUUCAUUUUGGCAGAGCAAUUGAGAUUUAAUGGUGAUCUUCGAGAUACUAAAUUCCCAUGGAACAAACUCUGUUUCGGACCGACAUUUGAGAAGCUCAAGCUUGCCGUGUUCUCAAAGACAUGGCCGAUUGGGGCAGCACCGGGUGGUAUGGAGCGCCAUGCUUAUACUCUAUACAAUGCACUUGCUGCCAAAGGUCAUGAAGUCCAUGUUUUCACAGUUCCUUCAGAUAGGAAGCCUCACCAAGACAUACAUGAUGACAACCUUCAUGUAUAUUUUGCAGCAAAUGAUCAUGGCUCAGUCAAUAUCUCUUUGGCAUUUGAUAAUUUCCAUCAAGUGGAUGCAAAUGGUGGGUUUGAUUACGUGCACACAGAGAGCGUUUCCUUGCCUCAUUGGCGUGCGAAAUUGGUGCCUAAUGUGGCUGUAACUUGGCAUGGAAUCUGGUAUGAAAUUAUGCACUCUAAGUUAUUCCAAGAGCUUCUUUCUAACCCAGAUGGGAAACUCCCAGGACCAAUGACAGAUCUUCAAGAAGCAAUCCCUAGGCUCGUUGACGAAAUCAGAUUCUUUAGAAGUUACAAUCAACAUAUAUGCAUAAGCAAGAGUGCUGGAGAGGAUCUGAUAAACAUCUAUCAACUACCACCUAGAAAUGUUCAUGUUAUACUGAAUGGAGUUGAUGAAGCUGAAUUUGUACCAGACCCAGAAGCCGGUUUAAGGUUCCGGAAAAAACAUGGGAUUCCUGGAAAUGUGAGUGUAGUGAUGGGAGUUGCAGGGAGGCUGGUUAGGGACAAAGGACACCCACUUCUCUUUGAAGCUUUUUCAUCAAUAGCCAGACGACAUCCUAGUGUAUUUCUGCUUGUAGCUGGAUCAGGUCCUUGGGGAAGAAGGUAUUCUCAAUUAGGCCCAAAUGUGAAGGUUCUAGGGGCAUUGGAGCCUUCAGAGCUCUCGCAUUUUUACGAUGCUUUAGAUUUGUUUGUGAAUCCUACAAUGAGACCGCAGGGUCUUGACCUCACACUGAUUGAAGCAAUGCAUUGUGGGAAGCCAGUUCUCACCCCCAACUAUCCAAGCAUAGUUGGUACAGUGCUUGUGGAUGAAGGGUUUGGAUACACUUUUUCACCCAAUGUAAAUUCAUUUGUAGAGGCUUUGGAGUCAGCAAUAAGAGAUGGUCCUUAUAUUCUGCAGAGGAAAGGCAUGGCCUGCAAGGAAUACGCACUUUCAAUGUUCACCGCAACGAAAAUGGCAUCCGCUUAUGAGCGGUUUUUCCUCUGCAUGAAGAACACCAGAUACUGUCAGUAUCCUCUUCCCACAGAUUGUUAAAAGUUUGUUUCGAAUUGGAGUAUUACAAAUAUGUGACAAUUUACGGCUUGAUGAUAUGCUCUUGUGACACAUUCUUACAGAGGAUUGAAACAAAAUUGUAGAUGGUUUAGCUAGUAUUUUAUUUGUUCUUGGUUUUAUUUAUCUUGCAGCUAGUUUCGUGCAGUUUUGGUUUUGUUUGUAGGCUUGUUUUUCACAUUCACAUAUAUAUUGAGAUCCUUAUACCUGAUAAGUAGCCUUUUUGGACUGCAUUAAGAUUCUGAUUCCGAAUAAUGCAGUGAGCUGAUCCAAAAAAAUAUUUAUAUAAAUUGUUUUAGAAAUUUAGUCCCUUCUAUGUAUUUAAUUUCCAUAGGAGAUGCUUCUGAGAGAAACAGGGGAACUUGAUUGGCCACCGAAGAUAAAGAUAACUAAUUAAUGAGUCUCUUGUAACGCAUUAUAUAGUCUAGAUCCAUUAAAACAAAUAGUUCAGUCUAGUUUGGAUAAUAAAUUUGUCCUUGAAAAGCUAUUGGGAGAAGCAUUUCUUUUUUCUUAGGUAAGAAUUAUUCUAAGGCACAAAUUGAAUCAAAUUUAGACCGAACAUAACUUUUGCCACCUGAAUUGUCCUCUAAGAAACCUAUUUGCCAUGGUAUUUUUGCUAUACAUGUCUAAUGGUUUCGUCAGUGCUUGUAGUGAGUUCAUACCUAAUAUCCACCAAGCUAAAUGAGUUUGAAGCCACUUGAUCAUAUUUGACUUGUGUUUAACCGAAGGAGGUUGAUGAUUGGUGUUGAAGCACAGGGAAAAGGCAUUUAUUGGGGAUAUAUGCUCUUCCAUUUCAGCUGGAUUAGUUUGAAUAUAACACUAUAUGUUCAUGAUACAUUUUGUUUGCUUUUCAUGACAUCCCUGUUAAUAUUAAAGUAUUCUUAUUGAUUUUCUGGUAAAACUAUAAAACAAAUACACAUAGUUUUCAUUUUACUAGAAGUCAAUGGGAUUGACAACAUGAUUUAUUACACGCUCUGCAAAAUAAAAAUGUAAAGUGAGAGGGGGAGAGAGAGAGAGAAAGAGACAAUCAACAGUUCCCUACAGGCAUAGUUAUUAAAAUCUUUUAUUUUUUCUUUCCGCUCCUUCCUGUUCUGAAAACAAAAAGGGGGAAGA